AUGUUCGCAUCCCGCCUUCGCCCCAUUGCGCGCACCGCCGCUCGUCGCGCCUACGCCACUGCGUCGUCGGCGUCGUCCACCGCCUCGGCCCGUGUCGCCCCCAAGGCCAAGGUCGCCCGCGAGGGCGAGGGUCUCGCUUACGUCGUUGCUGCCUCGGCUGCCCUCUUCGCUGCCGGCAGCGCCGUCUACCACCUCCGCGUGAACAACACCUCGGGUGUCCCCAAGACCGACGAGGAGGAGGAGGAGGAGGAGCAGGCUGAGGAGGAGGCCGAGGAGGAGGUUGUCGAGGCACCCAAGCAGACCGCGACCGACGCCAAGGCCGAGAGCUUGAUCGAGGCUGCCGUUGCCGGUCUCGCCGCUACCGCCGAGGAGGUCGACGGCGCCCUUGCCGAGCUCGUUACUGCCACCGAGGCCGCCCUGGCCAAGUACGCCAGCGACAAGCAGACCGCCGCCGUCGAGGCCGCUACCCUCCCCGACCCCGCCGAGGCUGCCAGCCAGGGCGCGUUCAACGAGGAGACUGGCGAGAUCAACUGGGACUGCCCCUGCCUCGGUGGCAUGGCCGACGGCCCCUGCGGCGAGCAGUUCAAGGCGGCGUUCUCGUGCUUUGUCUACUCGGAGGCGGAGCCCAAGGGCCUCGACUGUGUCGAGAAGUUCCAGGCUAUGCAGGACUGCUUCCGCGAGCACCCCGAGGUGUACGGCGAGGAGAUCGACGACGACGAGGCCCCCGCACCUGCUGCCGAGGAGCCCAAGGAGGCCGAGAAGGAGGCCACCGCCUAA